GCAGCGGCAGAGGAAGAAGAAGGAGGAGAGAUCUCCGACUUGGCUGAGGCAGGAGAAGCAAAUUGAUCUUCACGUAUUCAGUGAGUCUCGAUCUGAGCUGCUGGUGAAUGAGUUGGAGCUUCACGAGGAGGACGUGGAGCGUGCGGACGACGAGGUGGAGGAGGAGGAGGAGGAGCAGGAGGAGGUGGAGCAUGAGGAGGAGGAGGAGGAGCAUGAUGAGGAGGAGGAGGAGGAGGAGGAGGUCACCUUCGCCAGUAACCUCAACGUGGGAAGAGUGGAAACUCUGAAACCGGACGAAAACGAGUUCUGGGUGAGGAUGAUCUCCAAGUAUCUGAAACCUCUUGAGGAGAAUCCUGAACACAAAGAGAAGAUCAAGAGAGACCUCUACAACAUGAGGAACAAGGUGACCUUCAUCUACUUCAUGAUCAAUGCCGUGUGGUUGGUGGCAACCAUCGCCCUCCAGCUCGUGGGCACUCAACUCUUCAUCAGCUUCCCGAAGCUCGGAGGCUCUGCAUCGGAAGUCGUCAGACUCUCCGUCCCUCCACUCUCCUUCAUGUUCCUCGUCACCUUCGCCACGAUGCUGCUCAUUCAGUUCAUCGCCAUGAUCUACCACAGGAUCUACACGCUACUCCACAUGAUGUCGUACGUGAGUCCCGUCAAGGCUCCGGAGGAGCCAGCGGACGAGUUCCAAACGUCGGACAACGAAGCCUUCGAAGGAGGCCGCGGAAUUGGUGAUGGUGAUGGUGGUGGUGAUGGUGGUGUUGGUGGUGGUGGAGUUGGUGGUGGUGGAGCUAAAGGACGAAUCGGAGUGGGUGGAUCACCAACGGAUUUCUCUGACUCGGAUUCCGAAGUUCACCUAGAAUUCUCAGAGUGCCGGGAGGAGAGAUACGGAGUAGACGCCUCACUGUGGUGAUGGUGGUGGUGGUGAUGGUGGUGGUGGUGGUGAUGGU